UAAUAUACCCCAAUGCUCAUUUUGAGUAUCGGGUAUAAAAAUGGGAGGAGAUCUGAACGCCAGCAUUGUUGCGCCGGACUACCACCCACCGCCAGUGAAGUCAUCGUUACCAAGGUUGUCGCUACCCACUUUCGACGGAACAUAUGCAAACUAUAAGAAUUUCAUUCACUCGUUCGAGCAAAUUGUUGUGCGUGAGUCUGAAUUGUCUAAUAUAGAAAAGUUUAAUUAUUUGCUGACCUGCCUCACGGGGCCGGCAUUAGAUACAAUUCAGGCAUUCCAGGUUACAAGCGAAAACUAUCCGAAGGCCCUAGCAAAACUCAAAAGCCGUUUUGAUAAUCCUACUCUUAUAUUUUUAGAAGGUAUUGAGGCAUUGUUUGCACUACAACCUGUGGAAAGGCCAAACAGUCAGCAGCUUCACAGCCUAGUGGAUAAGGCAUCCGCUAUAUUAAGCUCGCUGGAGUCCAUCGGCAAACCUGAGAACAUUGUUCACGCUAUGGUUAUAUAUAUUAUAAUGGAAAAGUGUGAUCAGCAAACCCGGAACAAGUGGAAGGAAUCGCAGGACUACAACACUCUGCCAACCUGGCUAGCAUGCACACAGCUUUUGGAACGCCACUGUCAGUUUCUCCAUUCGUCUGGAAACUCGGCUGCUACUUCGUCACAACGAAAGGCUGAAUCCAAUAAGUCAAAUCGUCAUUCUAAUCACCAAAUAAACUCGUCGUUUGCUAUCACUAAUCCGUCUUGUACACUUUGUUCUAGUUCUGGCCAUAAGAUCUCUAAUUGUGCUCAGUUCAAGGCUAUGAACAGCAACCAACGGUACGACAAUGCAAAACGCCUCGGUCUCUGCAUCAAUUGUCUUGGAAAUGGUCAUAGAGUGGCGCAAUGUUCAUCGACUCAUCGUUGCCGAUCCUGUAAUCGGAAUCAUCAUUCAUCUUUGCAUCACUCUCAGCCGCAACAGCCACCCCAAUCAUCAGCAGGACAAUUUUCAACUACUGAACCGGUACUCCAACCAGCGCAACCCUCCUGGCAAACGGCUCAUCAAGCUGCUUCACACUCUCAUAUGGAGAUCGCAGCAGAUGAUCAAAUUUUGUUGGCAACAGCUAUGGUUUUGGUAAAGGAUGCCACAGCUUCGCCUUCGUCGUGAAAAACACCACAUUGGAAUUCGCAGUAUAGGAGACUCCCUUACUAGUUUGAAGGCUCGUACGACUACCUCUAUUAAGUCACGUACUUCCGGCUAUCAGCUCACUCUCCAGUUUGGAAUCACAUCCCAUAUUGCCUACCAGCCAGAUAGUGAGAUCGACAUAUCGAAUUGGAACCUACCAGCUAACACUCCAUUGGCUGACGAAUCGUUCUAUAGGACUAAACGUAUUGAUUUGUUACUGGGGACCGAAGCCUUCUAUGGAGCUCUAGCUGUUGGCCAGAUUCGCAUUGGUCCAAAUCUUCCCACUUUGCAGAAGACUCUUUUUGGUUGGGUUGUUGCUGGGAGGUACCAGCGGCAAUAUAACAGACAGCCACCAUUGUGCUUGGCGACUGUAGAAGAGUCGAUCGACAAGAAUUUGCAGCAAUUAUGGAAAGUGGACUCAUUUGUCGAUCCAAGCGCUAGAAUGCUCCCAAAUCAUCGUCGCUGUGGGGACCAUUUCAGGGACACAACACAUCAGGAUGCCAGUGGGCGGAUUGUCGUUCGCUUGCCAUUUCAAGAAGAUCCAAGUUGUCUUGGAAGUUCCUUCGAUACAGCUCGAACUCGAUUUUUUGCCAUUGAGAGACGUCUCGCUCGUCUACCGGAAAUUCGCUCGCAGUAUAUCUCGUUCAUGCAGGAAUAUGAAAGUCUCGGCCAUAUGUCCCUCGUACUGAAUCCUAACUUGGAAGAACCGCAUUAUCAUAUACCCCACCAUUUCGUUCUGAAACCAAGCAGUACCUCGACGAAGCUCAGAGUUGUCACUUAACGAUCUACUUUUAGUAGGCCCUACCAUUCAGGAUGAGUUGUACUUGCAAUUGCUGCGGUUCCGCAUGCAUAGGUUCGGCAUCACAGCCGACGUCACAAAAAUGUACAGGCAGGUACUUGUGAGUGAGAAGGAUAGAAAAUUCCAGUACAUUUUGUGGCGAGCAUCUCCAAAUACGGAUCUUCAAACCUACCAACUCAAUACAGUGACAUAUGGGACUGCGUCUGCCCCAUUUCUCGCAACUCGUAGUUUGCAUUACUUGGCUGAGGAUUGUAAGGAUGCAUGGCCAUUUGGGGCUGCUGCUGUUAAAACUGCAUUUUAUGUUGAUGACCUUUUGUGUGGGGCUGAUACACUCUUCAAACUGAAAUCACAUCAACUCUCGCUCGUGGUCAGUUUCCAUUAUGCAAGUGGCAUUCAAAUCAUCCAGGCGUGAUGGAAGACGAAUCUACCAAGGAAUUAAACAUUUCAGAAAACUCAGUCAGCAGCACACUCGGCGUAACUUGGCAUCAACGAAGUGAUGCAUUUAGUUUCACAUUUAAUCCAAAGGAAGUCUAUCCCACUACCACAAAACGAACAAUUUUGUCUACUGCGUCGUCGCUAUUCGAUCCAAUCGGUCUGCUAUCACCGUUAGUCAUUGUCUCUAAGAUCAUUCUUCAGGAGUUGUGGCUUUUGAAACUCGACUGGGACGAGUCUGUCCCCCAGAAUUUAAGCCACGCAUGGAGCAAGUGUUUGGAAUCGCUGAAUUCACUGUCGUCACUAGCGGUACCUCGUUUUUGUUUGCAGCUUGAUACUAGGAGCAUUCAAAUACAUGGAUUUUGCGACGCAUCGAUUUUUGGUUUUCUCGUAUCUUUAAAAUUGUGGAUGCCACAGAUUUUCGGCCUUUG